AGGAAAAAGAAAGCUCCAGAAGCGUCAUCUCCGAUGGCAUCGAUAGCCACGGUCCGAGCUCUCAUCUUUUCCCGCGUCACCGCGCUGUCAGCCAAACCUCUUUCACCUUGUCUUUCUUGCUUCCUCCCUAACUUUCGCAACCGUCCAUCUCCCUCUGUAACCGUCGGCUGCUGCUUGAACGGUGGCGGAGGCUGCGAUGACUAUUCUGUUUCAACGCAGAAAUCGAAUUUGGAUCGUGGAUUCAUAGUGAUAGCCAACAUGUUAAAACACAUAGAACCACUCGACACUUCCGUUAUUUCCAAAGGGGUUUCCGAUUCGGCCAAAGAAGCAAUGAAACGAACUAUCUCCUCCAUGCUUGGAAUUCUCCCAUCUGGUCAAUUCUCCGUUUUGGUUUCCCUUUCGGAACCUCCUCUCCAUCGCCUCCUCUUCUCAUCUAUUAUCACCGGAUAUACGUUGUGGAACGCGGAGUAUAGGAUUUCAUUGACGAGAAAUCUGGAAAGAGCGGCACCGGCGGAUGAGGCGGUGAAGCAGACGGAGGAGGGAGUUAAGCAGGGACAGAGAGAAGUACAAUUAGUGGAGAAGAAUAAGGAGGAGGUUAAGGGUGAAAAUGGUGAAUUCGAUGAGUUGGAGGAUAUAAGGCCGAGGGUUUUCGGGGAUCUGUCUCCGGAGGCUUUGAAGUAUAUUGAGAAGCUGCAAGCUGAAUUAUCUUAUAUGGAGGAGGAACUAAAUGAUCAAAAGAAGGAAAAUGUGCGAAUAGAAUGUGGCAGGGGAAACAUCAAUGGUUUGUUGGAGUAUUUACGAUCCUUGGAUGCUGACAUGGUGACAGAAUUAUCCCAACCAUCAUCGGUGCAAGUGGAGGAAAUGAUCCAUCAGCUUGUCCAAAAUAUAUUGCGAAGGUUCUUCAAGGAUGCUUGUAUGAGAGAUUCAGGGAUAGUAAAUACGGGAAAUCAUCAAGAUGCUGCUGAUGAAAAUUGUGGCACUUUUGGCACUUCCCGUGAUUACCUUGCAAAGCUGCUUUUCUGGUGUAUGCUAUUGGGUCAUCAUUUGAGAGGCUUGGAAAACAGAUUGCAUCUAAGUUGUGUUAUUGGGUUAUUGUAAAGUAAGUUGUAUGACAAAUGUAGAAUAUUUUCCAUUUUUGUCUAUUUUCUUUUUGGUUGUAGUUUUGGUUAAUCUGAUAAUGUACAUUUCCCUUGAAGAUACUUAUGAUUAUCACAUAAAAAUUUUAUGCAG